AAUGACCCAUUCUUCGGUGUCCUCAGCGGAAAGGAACAAGUACUAGUGUUAUUAACACCAUGUAAGACAGACGGACAAGAUGCAGCAAAGACACUCACUUGGGCCCAGGCAAAGUUGGCUCCCAUUGUGACCGAUAUUCGAAAUAUCAAGGCCGUUAUUGGACUAGUCGACACUAGCGAAAGA